AUGUCAGCAGCCGCGAUUGCUCAACAAGCCGUUGUCGCAAGCCCUCGGGUUCACGAUCUGCUCCAAAAGCUACAUAGUCUGUCCGAGGCGCAGGAGAAGUCGGUUUCUCAAAUCUUCUUUUAUCUCAAGCGGCUCUUUGCCUUUUAUCUCUACCGAUCAGAAUGGUCUGCUGCGGCAGAUGAUCACAUGAGGGACAAGUUUGUAAGUCUGGAGCAGGACAAGUGCCAACUUUUGUACUUGCUGGCUCGAUCCAGUGGUGCAAGAAAUAUUGUAGAAGCGGGCACGAGCUUCGGAGUGUCAACUAUCUACUUGGCUCUGGCUGUUGGACAGAAUGUAGCUGAUGCGCGGGCUGCAACUGGCAAAGCCGUAACUGGAAAAGUCAUUGCCACCGAAAAGGAGCCUACAAAGGCUGCCAGGGCAAGGAACCAUUGGAAAGAAGCAGGCGACGAGAUUGAGCCAUGGAUUGAGCUGCGAGAAGGCAACUUGCUCGAGACUCUCAAGGUUGAAGAGGGCAUGCCUGACCAAAUUGAUCUGCUGCUUCUUGAUAUUUGGACACCCAUGGCGCUGCCAACGUUGGAGAUUAUCCGCCCAAGAUUGCGCAAGGGGGCAAUGGUGCUUGCUGACAACACCGUCAUGGCCAAGCCCUUGUACAAGGAGUUUCUUGACUAUGUCAACAACCCAGCAAAUGGCUUCAAAACAACAACGAUGCCCUACUCGGGAGGGUUGCUUUUGGCGGUGUAUUUGCCAGCCUAA